CAAACAAAUGUCUCUGCAAUAAACACAAAAAGAUCUGGUUCUAUGUCUGUGAUAUUAUUUGUUCAAAAAUGGAGAUAAACAUAGAGACGGCGGUACGUGUGUGUCCCGUCUCCUACGACAGCAACGAGGUAUGCGUGACUCCGAACCAUUUAAACAAUACUGUCGAAAUCACGAAUCAAAGUUUUCCCGUGAAUUGUGUGCUACCAGCGAACUGUUGCCAAAACACAGUUUUUGUCACAGUCAUAGGCCCCCUGGUUAAUUAUUUGCUGGAGGGCUGUGAUGUGUCUGUAGUCACUUUUGGGCAAUCAGGUACUGGUAAAACUUAUACUUUGUUGGGGCCUGGAUUUCAUUUUGCCUCCAGUGAGACUGAGUAUGGAAUUAUUCCGAGGUUUAUCAGGGAGAUAUUUGGGAAGGUAGCUCAGCGCAGGGACAGAAGUUGUACCAUACAUAUUACAUGGUCUCAAAUUGUAGGAGACACUGUUCAAGAUUUGAUUGGAGGUGGCAGUGUAGAAUGCCCCGACAUACUAGACGCAUUCCAGUUGCUGCAAUUAGGAUUAUCAAACAUAGCUCCCAAAUGCGCCCACACCUUGUUCACACUGACUUUAGAACAGCAAUGGUUGGUGGACGGUACUGUGCAGCACCGAAUCUCGACUGCAAGUUUCGCCGAUCUCGCUGGCAGUGAAAAAAUGGUCGUCUACGACAACAACGGCAUGCUCCAAACAUUCCCCACCGAUCCCGGACUACAGUCGUUACAACGGAUCAUCUCGAUACUGUCAGACGCUUACGCACCCCACUACAACAUCAACCUGAUUCCGUACGCCCAGUCGGUUCUCACCACCCUCUUGAAGGACUCGUUCGGCGGCCGUGCCAAAACCGUUCUCCUCUGUUGUGUGUCACCUCUUCUUCAGGACUACAACGAGACUUUGUACACUUUGAACGUCGGCGUGGCCGCCCAGUCCAUCAAGAACGUUGUGACCGUUAAUUCGUACACGACGUACGAAACGGUGCAGGAGAACCUGGACGUGUUCGGACUGCAGUUCGCGGCCAAUCAACUGUUUAAGCUCGUCUCGAAUGCCGAGGAACUGUUCCAAAGACUUAUCACGAGCGGAACGCUCAGCAAAACCGAGAUGGAUCAGGUGUCGCAGUGGUUGAUGCUGAAGCAGGAGUGCGAGGAUUGCCUCAGUGAGGAUUCGGAGCCUCACAGAUCUUUGGAGAGGAUUGAGGAGGAGAUAGAAGACAGCUACGAAAGCAGCGACAGUAGCGAGGUGGUCGAGAAUGACUCCACUCAGAUUACCGACAAAUUGGACGAACUGAUGGAAAAUUUUCGGUCCCGCACCGACAAAUUGAUCGCCAAGUCAAUCACCAAUGAUGAAUUCAUCAUAUCCUUCACCAAAGACAGCUUGAAUGGCUCAAACAACUAUAGGAUGAAGGGGGCACGUGGCAGGAGAGCCAGCAUUCAUUCUGUGGAGGAUUUGACCUCUUCGUUGUCAAUUAAUUCUUCCAAAAUCAGCGAGGAGGACAUCACACUUGAGACUGAACACAAAGUGUCGCAUGAUGCGCCGCUCACCCUCGAAGCCAUGAAACGAAUGGUCAAACAAAUCACGGCAGCAAUACACGGAUAUAACAAGCAAAUCUCAGAUCUUGAAAAGACGAUCCAUGUCAAGGAAAAUCUGGUGAAGCAAAUAGAAAAGCAUAAAGACACAAAGUCGAAUGCGCACAUGAAAAUUGAACAGAAAUGCCAGAAGCUCAAAAAGGAAUUCGAAACGGCUCAAGAGAAGGUUAUUCAAGCUCAAAUUCACAAAAAUACUUACCUGGAGGAGCAGUACAAAACUGAACUGGCUACAUUGGAAGAAAAGAUGCAAAACGCUCAGUCAUUGAAGAACAUAACUGAAGAUGGUAGUCGAAAGCUGAUGGAGCUUGAAAACAGCUUACAUACAUCCAAAAAGCAGCUUGAAAAACUGAAAAGACACAAGAGAAAGGAGGAGAAACAGAAAAUCCAUUAUGAAACAAUGAUUAAAGAAGAAAAGAAGAAACUAUCAAACACUAAGAGUAGCCAAAACAGCACCGACAAACCCAACGGACAUUUAAACAGUUCUAACGAAAAAUCGGUGGUGUUGUUCGAUAGCGAGAAAAUCAAUUACAACAUGUCCAAUGAAGACAUGGAGUUUCUAAGGCAUGAAAUCAGAAACCUGCGUAAAACACGCGACUAUCUUCUGGAGCAGAAAUGUAAAAUCAACGUGAAAGGUUCGCAGGGUAAGAAGCUCCUUUCUGAAGUUGAAGAAAGGCAGAUAUUUCAAUUUGAGGAGGCGAUUGAAGCAAUUGAUUUGUCGAUUGAAUACAAAAAUGAGGUUUUAUGCGGGCAUAUGCCUCUAAGUGAGAAGCAACUCGAAAAAAUGGAAGAAAAAAGUGAUAGGAUGCUAAUUGAUCGAUUAAUGCAACUGAACGAAAACGAGAUGAGGGUUUUGCUGCAUAAGUACUUUGAGAAGGUUGUAGAUCUGAGAACUAAUUCAAAAAAAUUGGAAAUGCAGUUAACAGCAGUUGAAGACGAAAAUGAAAAUUUACUUUAUAGAGUAAAAAAUUUAAGUUGUACUCUUCAGCAAAACAGGUUGGAGUCUGAGAGAAGAGUUGUUUUGUUGCAGCAGCAGCAUGAAGAUAAGAUACAUAUUGUGAUGACACAUUUGGCUAGUGAUGGAGGUGAUGCAAGGAGAUUACCUCAUAAUAUUUUUGGCAAAAAGGGCAUUCCAAUUAAAGUGGGAGGUACUUCUAAACUAUUAUCGAGGAUAAUACCAAAACCGGACGUGUUACAGACAGGUCCACAUGCCAAAAUGACAAAGAAUAAAAAUAAACUUAUAUUUCAGCAGACUAUGAAGUAGAGAUCAUUAAAUUUAGUUAUUUAUUUUUAUUAUAAGUCGUUCUCAUGACAUUUCUUCGUAGAAUGUUUAUUUUUAUUUUUCAAAUUAAAUUACCAAGAGAUAUUUCUGUAAAAGGUUACUGUAAAUCAUGUUAACACUUUGUUUUAUAAGUGUGUAUAUAUAUAUAUUGAUUUGUAUAUAAGUUUUUUUAAUAAAUGUGUAAA